AUGUCGGCCCGAUCAACCUGUCGCUCUGAGCCUUCGCCUGCGCUGGUCGCCGGCGGCGCUUCGGCGCCAGUUGCAGGCGGCACGCCGACGCCAGUCGGCGGCACGGCGACGCCAGUCGGCGGCACUGCGACGCCAGAUCUUGCCAGUCCGCCUGCAGGGGAAGUCUGCGAGAUGGCGGCUCUAUCGGGCUGCCGCUCCGGGCCCUGGUCGACAACGACUGACGGCGUUCCUGCCAAGCUCAGCACUGACGAUCCAUUCUACCCUGAGGAGCAGCCGCGGGCGGCGCCGAUCGUGCCUGCAGCGGCAAAUGAUGGUGAGGCAGCGCCGCCCGGACGUCUCCCCCUGGUGGUUGCCUUCCCAUGCGAGCCCUUGUUCUGCACGGUUCGACCAGAACGGGGUUGUCACCGGUACCAGGUGGCGCCUCAAGAGUACAUUUCUCGAGGCGACCGAGAGUUGCGACAGUUGUCCACCAGAUAG